CGUGACAUUAGCAGUAACCAUAAAUAGCCGAGGAGUCUGCCGUUUAUUGACAUCAAGCCCGCAGCUCUAUUCUUCUUCAUCUGAGGAAAGACACAGUUCGCCAUUUAUUUUGAGAAGAAGACAGAAUGGUAAUGAUGCUUUUUAUGUUCCUAUUGCUGGGGCUAUUUCCCACAAAACAAUAUGUAGCAUCAGCCGUUUGGCUGCAAGCUCAUGCAACUUUCUAUGGUGGAAGUGACGGUUCCGGUACAAUGGGCGGUGCCUGUGGAUAUGGAAAUCUCUACACCGAUGGCUAUGGAUUCAAAAGUGCUGCACUGAGCACAGCCCUAUUCAACGAUGGCAAGUCAUGUGGUGGCUGCUAUCAGAUUGUCUGCGACGCCACUCAGGUUCCUCAAUGGUGCCUUAAGGGUUCAUCAAUUACGAUUACUGCUACAAACUUCUGUCCACCAAAUUAUAAUCUCCCUAGUGACAAUGGAGGGUGGUGCAACCCCCCACGACCACACUUCGACAUGUCGCAACCUGCCUUCGAGACUAUCGCAAAGUAUAGUGCUGGCAUUGUCCCUGUUUUCUACAGAAAGGUGAGAUGCACGAGAAGUGGGGGCAUAAGAUUUACCAUCAAUGGAAAUAACUACUUUGAGCUGGUGCUUAUAUCAAACGUAGGAGGAGCAGGAGAGAUCUCCAAUGUGUGGAUCAAAGGAUCCGAAUCCAACCAAUGGGAAGCCAUGUCAAGGAAUUGGGGCGCCAAUUGGCAGAGCCUAAGCUAUCUGAAUGGCCAGAGCUUGUCCUUUAAAGUCCAAGCAAGCGACGGAAGUACCCGCACUGCUCUGAACUUGGUUCCUUCCAACUGGGUGUUUGGCCAAUCCUUCAAAAGCAAUGUUCAAUUCCAGAAUUCAUAGGUGUUUCAGAAGUUUCUUAUUGUCCCUUUUCAACCUGUCUCUUCGUUUGUGUUUAUUUCACCACUUCUGUAUUGAUUGAU